CUCGUGAGGAGGACAGCAAACAAUCCAAAAACAAAAUUCAGAUAUUUAGAACAAACCGCUGUGAAUUCAUUAAACAAAAGGACUAGAGUUCAGAGAGUCAUCCUUUGUUUGACGUGCCCACUUUGUUAAUUCCUUCAUUUUCUUUUCCUCCUGAAAGCCUUCGCAGAGUCUCCCUGCUCCUCUUUGUCCUCAUGCAAAACCGCCUACCUGAGAUUCUUGGCCUGAUGUUCUCAUGUUUAUUUUAUUUUUUGGUUUUUUGAAGCAAACUUUUUGUGUUUGAUUCUUGCAUCAGCUGAAUGUCCCAUUUGUGGAUCUCCUUGCUCCUUCACAUUCAUCAUGGGUCCAAAGUGUUGGUAUGUCUAUGAAUAACAUGUUUAAUGUGGUUUGAUUUGGAGGGAGUUGUGGAUGGAUAUGAGUAGCUUAGAACCCUUAGGGAUGGUGGCACAGCAGAAGGCCCUGCUGAAAGACAAUAUUCCCUGGCAUCCGCUGGUCUCUUCAGAAAAGAACAAUGCCGUCCUGCAUUCUCGCAAGUCCCAGGUGCAGGAGAUUGGACCAAGAUACAAGUCUACUAUUUCAUCAACUGUUGUAUCCACUCUGCCUGCACGCAAGCGAUGCCCAUCUCCCAAUGCUGAAAAGUUGUCUCCUGCUUCUGGGGUGUUGCUUACUAGACGAUCCCAAUCUGCAGAGAGGAGGUGUCCGUCCACUUUUACUUCGAAGAAUUCUGCAGCAUCAUCACUGUCUUCCAGGCCCUCCAUAACAUACAGCCCGUCUUCCAUGUCAACAACUCCCAUCCGUGAUUCAAUGCCGGAGGUGCAUAAUACUUCACGUAGGUUAUUGUCUAACAGAACACAUGAUGGACUGUGGCCUUCAAUGCGGAGCUUGACAACUUCUUUCCAAUCUGAGUCAGUAUCAAGUCCUGCUGGUAGGAAGGUAAAGCCAGUCAGAGAUUCAUCUCCAGAUCAUUCAUUAAAGUCCUUAGUCAAUGUGGAUUCUGAAAGGAAAAGGACUCCCCUGAGAAGGCUGAAUGCCACAGACCAAUCAGAAAAUUUUCAGCCUGCCGAGAACCCUCAUUUGAGGGUGGUGGAACAACAUCGGUGGCCUCGAAUCAGUGGCAGUAAGUUGCCUGCUAAUACCCCAUCAAGAAUCAUGGAUCUGAAUGAGAAGGUUAACAGAUCCAACUCUUUGCCAGAUGUAGCACGAGUAGUUUCACCAAGGAGACUUUUAGCAUCUAAUUGUUCUGGAAACAGACUCCGACAAUCAGGAAGUGAGGUGUUAAGAUCAGUGCAUUCUUGUAGAAGUGUGGAUAUUAAACAUGAAAUAAGUGCUGCUGUAAAUAUUUCUCCUGAUUGGUCAGGCAUGGUUACAUCUGUGACACGAUCGAAUAGGACUCAGUCUUUCUCAUCCAGUAGUCUGCAUCGGCCUUUAUCACCAAAAAAAACAUUGGCAUCAUCCACCACCUCUAGGGGCAUGCAAAGUCCCUCAAAAACACGGUCAUCAUCCCCUUUUUCUUCCUCCAGCACUGCAACUGGUCAAGCUGCUGCUAUGUCUUCAUUUCUUGACUAUAUUGUGGAUGCAAGGAAAGGAAAGAAGAAUGCAAAUCAGAUAGAAGAUACUUAUCAUCUGCGACUGCUUUACAACAGGAACUUACAAUGGCGCUUCCUUAAUGCUAUAUCAGUUGCAGCAUCAGUUAUUCAGAAAGUAGCUACUGAGGAUGCCCUUUGUGGUGUGUGGAAUACAACAUCAGAAUUGCGUGACUCUGUCAACUUGAAAAGGGUUAAUUUGCUAUGCCUGAAAGAAGAGACGAAAUUGGAUGUAAUUUUGAGAGAACAGCUGGCAUACCUUGAAGACUGGGCUGCAUUGGAAAAAGAACAUUCUGGUUCGUUGUCAGCAGCAACUGAAGCUCUGAAAGCCAGCACACUGUGUCUUCCAGUUUCAGGUGGAUCCAAGGUGGACAUUCGUGCUAUCAAGAAUGCGAUUAGUUCUGCAGUUGAUACUAUGCAAAAAAUCGGUUCCUCUGUUUGUUAUUCACUAUCCAAGGUGGUGAAUAUGAAUCAUCUGGCUACUGAACUUUCUGAUGCUGCAAUGAUAGAGAUGGCCAUGAUUGAUGAAUGUGGAGAUUUACUAGCCUCAGCAGCAGCUAUGCAGAUGCAGGAGUUCAGCCUCAAAACACAGCUCAUGCAGCUGAGGCUGGAGAAUGUUCAUAAGAUGCAGUAGCCAUUCAAAGCAGCUCAUACUCACCUUGCUAACUGACACAAUAGCUAGAGAUAAUGAAAGCCUACAUUUACGGCACUUGUGGUACACCAUUAACCCUUCCUAUUUUCUACUAUUUUUCUGCUUUUCACCUUCCAAGCUGCAGAGGCUGUAACUUUUU